UUCUCGAAUCAAUCUGGCAGCGCUGCAAACACCUAAACACUGAGAGCUGGGUAUUUUACAGUGUUUUAUAAUAUUGUUAAAUUGGAAUUGCGGCGUUAUAGUAUAAUUUUUUUCUGUUUUACUUACUAUUUACAUGUUUAUUAUUUACCAAUGUAUUUAUUUAAACACAGGUGCACAAAAAACUAACGGUUUUUUAUAAUUUUUGGCGAUAAUAUAACCUAACCUACACGGCGACGAUCUUUUUAAACACUUUUCAGUAGAUAAAAACCAUAAAUUUUAUAUGGCGGGGAAAAGAGGUGCAUCGACUGAACUAAGUCAAGAUAAUUGGGAUGAAGAAGACGAUGUAGAAGUUCAAGGAACGUUCCAAAAAGCAACCAACGACAUUCUGAAAAAGAGAAUUAUAAAAACCGCUAAAAGACGUAAUCCUAUUCGGGCAGAAGGUGAUGAGAAAAAGAGUGCAUUUGCUAGUUUUACAGGCUUUACAAACAAGCCUUUAGGUGGAGAUUUUUCCUUUUUAUCAGGUACAUCUAAAUCUGACAGUAGCCCUAAAACAAAUGGAAUUGAUUCUAAAGCAUCUAAAGAAGGUGGGCUUUUUAAUUUGAAUCCUAAAGGGAACUCUAGUAGUAUAUUCGGUGCUCCAACUGCAUUAGGUGGUAGUUCAAAUAUCUUUGGAUCAACUGCAAAUAGUACAAAUCCAAUCAACCCCAUAGUUCCUAGCUCUUCAACAAUUUCAAACAAAUCAGAAAAGUUCUGUUCUAAGUUAAAAGGCUUGAAUGAAAGUGUUUCGAAAUGGAUUUCAAUGAAAGUUACUGAAAAUCCAUUAGUCAGUCUUCAACCAAUAUUUAAAGACUAUGAAAAAUAUUUAGAUGAAAUUGAAAAGGAAGAUAACAAAGAGGCGAAUAAGCCUGAUAAACAGACAAUUCCAACAUUUAAUUUUACUCCAUCUCCUGCUAAGAAUAAUAUUGCAAUUCCCGAUAGUACAACAGAAAAAAGUACUGAUAAAGACUCAAGUACAGUUCCAACAUUUAAGUUUGGUAUACCUACAAGUUCAAGUGCUCCAAAGCCCACAUUUGGUCUUGGACUAGGACUAACUAAUAAUGACUCGGGUACAGUCAAACCUAACAAUGAUUCUACCGCAAUCAAACCAUUUCCAUCUUUGACUACUUCAAAUACAAGUUCAAUUCCAACAUUUUCAUUUGGAAAUCCUAAAUCAAAUGAUUUGCCACCGCCUGCAUCCACAGGAUUUAGUUUUAGCAAUGUUAACAAUCAACAGGAGAAAUCCAACCAAAAUAAAGAUAACAAUGAGGAUGACGAAGAAAAUGAACCCCCAAAAGUGGAAAUUCAGCCAGUAAUAGAAAAAGAUUCUCUAUAUACAACUAGAUGCAAGGUUUUUGUUAAAAAGGGUAAAGAGUAUAGUGACAGAGGUAUAGGAAAUUUGUUUUUAAAGCCUAUUGAGAAUAGUGAGAAAGUUCAGCUUAUAGUUAGAGCGGAAACCACUUUAGGAAACCUGUUAUUAAAUUUUAUACUCUCUAAAAACGUACCCACCCAAAGAAUGGGCAAACAGAAUGUAAUGCUGGUUGCCGUUCCGACUCCCGACGUUAAACCACCACCAGUACCGCUGCUUAUUAAAGUUAAAUCUGCAGAAGAAGCAGACCAACUGCUAGAAGUACUAGAAAAAUACAAGAAAUAAUGUUUACUAUUUUAUUGUGAUGAUAUUCCCCAAUUUUAUUUUUGCUCAGUAAAAGUUUGUUUUAAAUUGA